CAUCGGAGACACAAAAAAAAAAAGGCGCAUCGCGGACAAAGGAAAUAUGGGUGCGCUGAGGAGGAUUCACCUCUGCCCGGUCACACGAUGGAUGAGCCGCUUCUGUUUCAUUCACCGGGAGACCAAUUAGCCCACCUUAAUGAGGUGCUGGGAUGCGAGGUACUGCAAGCUAAAAAGGCGGAAGGCUGCGUUUAAUCCGUCUGUGGAUCCUGUGAGCUUGCAAUGGCUGUGGCGGGGAUAUGCAACCGGAUAGGGAAUAAUGUGCCUUUUUAUUUUGUUAUAUUUUUCUUAUUUUGUGGCCUUUCGUGCGGACAAUUGCGUUAUUCUAUUCCGGAAGAACUGGAAAAUGGGGCACUGGUCGGUGAUGUGGCGCAUGACUUGGGGCUGGAUAUUCGAAAGCUUGCUACCCGAAAAAUUAAGGUAACCUCCAACAGCGGCAAACGCUAUGUGAUUGUCAACCCCAAAAAUGGGAAAUUGCUCGUGAAUGAGAGGAUCGACAGGGAGGCGCUGUGUGAUCUGUCCAGCACCUGCCUCAUUAAUCUGGAGGUGCUGGUCGAAAAUCCCAGCGAGGUGCACCAUGUCGAGGUGGAGAUUGUGGACGCCAAUGAUAACGCGCCGCAGUUCCCCAGAGAAGAGUACCAACUGGAAAUCACAGAAUCUGCUUCACCGGGGACUCGGUACCCGAUUGAAAACGCUCAGGACCCAGACGUCGGGUCCAAUUCAGUUCGUAUGUAUCAGCUCAGCACAAACGACCAUUUCGCGCUGGUAUCCAACAAACCCUCCCUAAAUACAAAGCACAUCGAGCUUGUGCUCAAGAAGCCCCUGGAUCGUGAACAGACGCCUUACCACCAAAUCAUUCUAAGUGCUGUGGAUGGUGGGACCCCAGAGAAAACAGGCUCUGCUAAAGUCAAUAUCCGGGUCCUCGACUCAAAUGACAAUGUCCCCCUCUUUGACAGCUCAGUGUACAAGGUGAAGCUGCUGGAAAAUUCACCCAAAGACACCUUGGUAAUCAAGCUGAAUGCAAGUGAUCUGGAUGAGGGCACAAAUGGAGAGGUGUAUUACUCCUUCAGCAGCUACACUCCAGAGAGAGUGAGGCAGAUGUUCAGCAUGGACACUAACACGGGAGAAAUACGAGUGAGGAGCAAUGUUGACUACGAAGAGACCAACUCCUACGAGAUGUACAUCCAGGCGAUGGACAAGGGACCCGGGGCCGUGCCAGCACACUGUAAAGUCGUGGUGGAAGUGGUCGAUGUGAAUGACAAUGUCCCUCAGAUAGUGCUGUCAUCUCUGUCCAGCCCCGUGAGAGAAGACGCCCGUGCAGACACAGUCGUGGCCCUCAUUAGCGUUACCGAUCGGGACUCUGGCGCGAACAAGCAGGUGAGCCUGGAGAUCCCAGCAGGCCUUCCCUUCAAGAUCAAGUCAUUCAGAAAUUACUACACUCUGGUUACCUCAGCCUUCCUGGACCGUGAGACCACUGAUGCCUACAAUGUCACUCUGAGUGCCACAGAUGGAGGAAACCCUCCCCUCUCCUCCCAAAAGACCAUACAGGUGGACGUGGCUGAUGUAAAUGACAACCCACCUCGAUUUGAGCAGACUUCGUACACGGUCUAUGUGGGUGAGAACAAUGGCCCCGGGGCCUCUUUGUGCACGGUGAAAGCUCAGGAUGCAGACAUCAAGGAGAACGCGCGCAUCACCUACACAGUGCUCAAUGACAACAACCAUGGCAUCCCUGUCACCUCGUAUGUGUCUGUGAAGGCCGAUACUGGGGAGGCUUAUGCCCUGCGAGCCUUCGACUAUGAGUCACUGAGAGAGUUUCACUUCCAGGUCAAAGCCCAAGAUGGGGGCAUUCCUCCACUCAGCCGCGUCGCCACUGUCUACAUCUACAUAAUGGAUCAGAAUGACCACGCACCACUGAUAGUCAACCCUCCCGGCAAUGGCACGCGCUCCUUGGAGACCGUGCAAAAGAACGCAGAGCCCGGUGCCUUGGUGACCAAAGUGGUAGCAUACGAUGCAGACGCUGGUCCAAAUGCCUGGUUGGUGUACUUGCUGGAGACGGCCACCGACCUGGACUUGUUCAAGGUCCAUGAACACACCGGUGAGAUCAGAACCACUCGGAGGAUCCUGGAGGACAACUCCACCUCCUUUGCGCUGACAGUGUUAGUGAAGGACCAUGGGCAGCCUGCUCUCUCCUCCACCGCCACCAUCAAUGUGGCUGUCAUGGAGGUGCUGCCCAAAGUGGUCCCGGACCCCAAGAGGAUCAUCCGACCUCACAGCACCCUGCUCUUCUCCAACGUGACCCUCUACUUGAUUGUGGCCUUGAGCGCCACCACCUUUGUGUUCCUGGUCACCGUGGUGGUGCUGGCCAUUGUCCGCUGUCACGCCUACUGCACCCAGCCUGGGUCCUGCUCCCCUUGCUGCGUGUCACAGAAGCCCCCUCCAGACGGCGGGAGCAACAGCGUAAGUGUUGGUCCGCCAGGCGCGGCUGGAGCCGGGGCACAGCCCAAUAGCAAUGUGAUGCUUCGUAGAGACCUUAAAGUGGAGCCUCACUACAUCGAAGUGCGUGGGAAUGGCUCCCUGACAAAGACGUACUGCUAUAAGACCUGCCUGACGGCCACCUCUGGCAGUGAUACUUUCAUGUUCUACAACACGGGACGUCCCAUCAGUGGCACCUGGGGCAGCGGCGCCGACCGCUUCUUCACCAGUGGGAGUGGAUUUGUUCGCAGACUGAGUAUGCCUGAUGCCUCGCUGCAGCUCUGCCCAGAGCCAAAAGCCCCGAAUGCUGACUGGCGAUAUUCUGCAUCUUUGAGGGCAGGGAUGCAGAGCUCGGUCCACAUGGAGGAGUCCUCUGUGAUGCAGGGAGCCCAGGGGAUGCUCGUCCAGAACUGGCCCACUGUUUCCAGCGCCGCAGACGGUGAUGGUGGAGAGCUGUCACCCCCGGUGGGAGCUGGAGUUGACAGCAACAGCUGGCACUUCAGAUAUGGCGCCGGGCAGAGCUACGGCCUCCCUCAGCCCAUGCCCAUGAUGAGGCCCGGAGAGAUUCCCCCCGAAGCCUUCAUCAUUCCCGGAUCCCCCGCCAUCAUCUCCAUCCGCCAGGACGCGGGCCCUGUGGACGACAAGGGUGACUUCAUUAGCUUCGGCAAGAAGGACGAGGCCAAGAAGAAGAAAAAGAAGAAGAAGGACAAGAAGGACAAGAAGGAUAAAGGAAAGGAUGACGGUGACGAAUAGAGGAGAAGGAGUGAUUUGAAAAAAGAGCUACCAACAAACUUUCAUCCCAAUUUCAGAGCCAGAAAAAAAAACGAAAUGCAUAUUGUAGAACCGGGGGAUUCUCUAUGCACCAUAUUUGCAUAGACACUGUACAGUGGCCAAACCCUCAUUAGACCAGGCCUGGCUUCCCCGCACCAUGCAAACCUGCAAAACAAAUGUUCGUCUCCCUUGCUUGGCUUAUUUGGCCCAACACUUCGGCCAAAGUUUAUGGUACAACAAAUGGUACAACAACAAAUGCUCUAAGGAGCUAGAUUUCAUCGAAAGGCUGGACCGAAUUCAAACAGAAAGCAAUUCAUCAGAUUAGAAUAGCCCUGCCGUGAUUCCCACUUUGUAUAAUGAAACACAAAGACACCUGAGAAGGUAUACGAUUUGUAUCUGACCAUUGUCAGCUGAGGUGGCCCGCGUUGGCACUCUGUCUAUAUGCAGCCCCCCUUACUUUUUGACUCGCCUAGUUGGAGGUGAAGAUGAAGCCAAACUUUAAGAAAUGAAACAGAAGCUUUCGUCUUUAGUAUUAUGGAGGCCUUAUGGUCUUUUGUAAAAAAAAAAGAAAAAUGAAAAAGUAACAACAAUUCAGUACAUGUACCAUGAGAUUAGCACCUUUUCAAGAGAACGAGGUGGCUGAGACGAACAGGACCACUCUCGGAUAAAGAGCUCUGUUUCAUUGUAACAUAGCACAUCGCAGAGGCUGAGGACCUGGACUGGGUUGCACCAACUAUGCGCAAGUUUGUUCCCAAGGUACAAAAUACAGUAGUGGCUGCAUGACUGCUGGUUCAUUUGCAGUUAGCGAGUUACUGAAUGAGACCGGACUAACGGAUACUACUCUACAACUGUAGCUAUGGUUAGAACAUUGAGAUUUGAGAUGAGUAGCUGAGUAGUAAGAGCACUACCAUGCUGAUGGAAACAAACCACUUUGAUUUGUAGUAGUUUGGAAUAAAAAAUGAGGAUUGAUAAAUAGAUCCCAAACUUGACACUUGAAGGACAAUACUAGAAUUUCUAUGUUUUAGUCCGUUCUCUACAAUUCAUUUUAAAAUCUAACAUCGCUGCUUGCAACUUUCCAAAGCACAACAAUGGGAAUUUGGGGAAUUCCAAUGUGUUUUUAGUUCCAGGCAACAAACGUUAUACUUUCAUCACAUGUUGAUGAAUCUUGAGUGCAACUUAGUUUAAAAACUGCCCUGCACCAUCCCAGUAAGGUCAUUUUGGGCAGAACGCCACACAAAACAGGAUGGAUUUCAAACAGUGUGACCAGAAGCUGUUAAUUUUUUACAGCAGAUUCGGCCUUAAAAAGGACAGACUCUUAGUCAGUUACGUCUAAUUUGUAGAAAAUGGACAUAAACGGUCAAAACCACUGGUUGCGUCCUUUCGGUUGCAAGGUGGCCUGGGAUUAGUCAAGAAAAAAUAAUUAAGAGUGUGCGGGAAAUACUCCUGCUUUACUGUUAGUGAGUGCAAUUGUGUGACUUUGUAUCAUUUGCACCCGCUUUAUUGCUUGCUUAACUACUUAGUUGUUACUUGAGGUUAUGUUGUAAGAGAUUUUUCGUGGUGCUACCGCCUAUAUUUUAGCAGUGCGUGAACCGGGAUCAGUGGCUUCCCGGGGCAUAACUAGGGAACCUAAACGUGCAGCUGAUGCAACCGGCCCCUGACCUUGACCCCUCUCUUGGAAUAUGGCACAGGUCGUCGGGGGGUCUCAAUCCCGCUGUGUAUCAGCACGCCCAGUUUGACACACGCUGACAACACAAACAUCACACUGACUUUCUCUGCCUCUUACCGCACACACACACAUACAAGCAAACACACACGUAUCCCCAGACAUACACACAUAUAUAUGACUAAAUUACCCUUAAAGACAACAAAACUCCUCUCUGGAAAGUCCAAAAUCCAAGACUAAAGGCCAGUGCCACCCUGAAUAUGGGAGUGUAUUAUAUGGCUGGGAAGGUUGCUUGUCGCUUUGUUUCUGUUCAAGCCUGAUCCCCUCUACUUCUGUCUCUGAAUGUUAAAUAGUCAUUCUUCAAGCCCUGCACCACUGCCUCAACUGCUUCAGUGCUUGUAGGAUUCGCUUUGCCCGCUGCUCGUUUUCCUCCCCUCUACUCCCGCUUCUUCAGAUCAACAUGGUCGGACGCCGUCUUUCAAGUCGCUCUCCCUCGAUGAACUGUGCGGCAUUAGUGCAUUUGCAUAUU